AUGAACCUGAAGAUUCACCCGCCCAUCCGGAUCGCGAUUCUCGAAUGCGACACGCCUUUGCCCAAGACAAAGGAGAGGUUUCAAGGGUAUGGCGGCGUCUUUGAACUCCUGCUUCGCUCGUCCGCAAAGGCGUUGAAUCGACCGGAGUUGGAUCCUGAGAAGGGUCUGGAGAUUUCGAAAUUCCAGCUCGAAUCAGACCCGGACAACUAUCCUGAUCCAGAGACCAUCGAUGCUAUCCUCAUAACGGGGUCUAGAACGAACGGCAACUGGAGAGAGCUUCGACUGACCAAGGUAGAACAUGACUCCUUCGCGAAUACACCAUGGAUCAACAGGUUGGUCGAGUACACGGAGAAGUUGUUAUCUGAAACGCACGUCAGGAUUAUCGGCGUUUGCUUCGGUCAUCAGAUUGUCGGUCGAGCAUUGAAGGCCGGAGUGGGACGAAAUCCGGAAGGAUGGGAAGCGGCGGUCAACAAUAUCGACCUGUCAGCCAAAGGAAAGGAACUAUUUGGCGUUGAGAAAUUGCGGUUACACCAGAUGCACCGUGACUGUGUCUUCUACUACCCUGAAGGCGUAGAAGAACUGGGCUCUUCCCCAGUCUGCAAAGUCCAAGGAAUGUACUCACCAAAACGCCUUAUGACUGUUCAAGGGCAUCCAGAGUUCAAUCAGGACAUCAUGAGGGAAAUCGUCAACACAAGGCAUGCGACAGGUGUCUUUGACGACGAGGCUUUCAACAAUCAUAUCACGAAAGUCAACCUGCCACAUGAUGGACUGAUCGUUGGUCAAGCGUUUUUGAAAUUCUUACUGGAGCAAUAG